AAAUGUAAUUCUGUAUCUGAAGGUGAUGUUGAAAACUGUAGGACAGAGGUUUAAUCUCAUUCUUGAGAUUCAUAAAGAAAUUUGAAUUCGUUUAUGAUCAUUUGAUUCAUUCUCAACGCACUCGUAUCCUAAGCAGUGAUGUAAGAAUGAUUGGAGCUGUUUAAACAGGGAUUUCUGUGCACGUAUCAGUAGCUAUUUUCACGUAAUAGCGAGCGUUACUUAUUCUUCAGCUUACAGUAUUAUUUUCAUACGGUGACGCGGCGAGUUUAUAGACUUCUGCACUGAGAACAAUCUUUGUACAAAUAACGUGAAUCAUGGAGAGGCUCAGAGACCUUCCAGGGUAAACGAUCUAUGAAAAUAAGUAAGAGAAAGAAACAACGCAGAGGAACUUCUCUAAGAAAAACUAAAACCUCUUUGGCUUUAUUUCCGAUUGUCUAGUCUUUAAGCAAUUAGAUGUUCUAAGUUAUCAAUUCUUGCCCCCUAAUUUUAAUACAUACGUAUGUGUAAACCUCUAGUUGAAACAUGUUCUCGCCAAUAUGCAUAUACAUUUUUCUUUUUGUACUUUUUGAAGUACCAGUAUCUGUAUAAAUGUAAACAGUAGAUAUUAAAACCGUCGGCUUCAUACAUCACAUAUUGGAAUAAUAGCAAUUAAAAGGUUACUUCCUGAACAAUAUGAUGUAAAUUUCAAGUGAGAAUUAUUAUUUCCUUUUUACAUUAAGGAGUGGAGUAUUCUUCAAAAUAAAAGGUAGAGAAAAAAAAACUGACGAAAAUAUUCAAUCAUUGUGAAGAAUUCACCAUCGUCCAAUCGCCAAUUUUUUGUUAAUACUUUUAUAUAUGCUAUCUAUACAAAUAAGAAUAUUAGAUACUACAAACUGUGCUUCGUGUACCGAUUGCAUGAUAUUGACUUCAAUUAAUCAAUUUCAAGAGAGUAAGAAAUUAAAUUAUUAUUUUCUUCUCGACAUUACUAAAAUUCGAAAUUCUUCCAAGUUUCUGUAGUAGUAUUAUAAACAAAACAAAACAAAAAAAUAGACAAAUAGGAUUGAAUCGUCAUCGAGCAUCUACAGUGUAUCCCAUAAAAUACAAAUCAGUAGAAAUUGCUCCAAAGAAGAGGAAAAAUUAGCAUAAUCAUCUAGCGACCGAAAACGAUUAAAUAACCAUAACGAAUCGAUAACAUGUUCCGUAAGGAAAUUUCUGAAAAUCCCCCGUCGUUGCGUAUCCUCUGGAGCUUAUCUUAUCUCACGAAUUGACACGGUGCCUCUCGCCAGAGCUCUCCGUUGUUCACUUCAGUUUUCUUCUUGGGGCUCGUGCGGCUCGACAAUAAUUCAUUUGUGAAACUAUGUUAAAUAACCAAAAAUUACGACGAAGAGGAAAAAGGAAAGAUACAUAGUUACAUCUCUUCAUCGAGGAGAGAGGGAUCAGAGAUUUGUGCACGUUAUUCAGAUCGUUCUAACGUCGAUAAAACAUUUGAUUACAUUCUGAAGUACGUGACUUCAUCUCCCUAGAGCCUUCUCGCUGCAGGAUUCUGGUAUUAUCUGGCGUCCUCCUCCCAAAGAGGGUCCUUUCUUACAGGUAGAGUGGAAGGGGAGCGUGGGGGGUGGGGGUGAACUGUGACAAACCCUCCUCUUGAGGGGGUGGUUGUCGCAGAUCCUAUUAAAGCGGACCCGAAGAUUACCUUCAUCAUUAACGUCUCCAACUCGGAAUCGUUACCUUCGAGAAGCAAACGGAAACUUGGCAAUUCAAUGGGUGUUCAUAAAGUUAUGGAAAAGAAGAGGCUGGACUGCCCCAUGACUUGCAAAACCGAAAACACGGACGAGGGCUACCUGGAGGCCGCCGCCGAGAUCCCAGAGUGUCGAGAGUCGAUCAAUCUGGACACCGACUACAGAGAUUUCCCAGAGGAGAAAAUUUGGAGUCCUAGCGACGAGGUGAACCAAUGGAUUCCGUUCUACGUCUUCAUGGCUCGCUCCGUUCUGACGUUCGUUCAAGAGAAUCUCGGUAUACCCAAUCGGGAGGCCAUGGAGAAUUCCUGCACGGGUUACGCGGAACAAUAUAUCACAGAUAUUCUCCACGACUCCGAAUAUAUGCCGGAAGUCGCCCUGAAGACCCUCCUCACGAAAGAAUUACCUCGCAGGCUGUUCUCAAGAUGGACCAGCGACGAAACGGAACUCUUCAUUCAGGGGAUUGUCAGGCAUGGAAAGAAUUUUGCGAAUAUACAGAGAGAUCUACUGCCUCGGAGGGACAUGAAGGACAUCGUAGACUUUUACUACUCGUGGAAAUGGUCGGAUUCUGGAAAGGAACUGAGAGUCUGUCGUCGCCAACGUCGUCCAAGAAUGACGCACAACUUUCCGUCAAUCAGUUGUAUAUUUGGAGAGCUGUCGUCCCCGAAAAUUGUCACACGCAGCGUGACAGCCGCUGCUAGGAUCCUUUCUCUUCCGAAGAGUAACCAAAGUCAGUUGCUGGUCGUCGCAAGAACCACUAAAAGGACGACCCUAGUCGCGAAGAGGAAGCGAAAGAGCUCGGCAGCGACUCGAUGAUGGGACUCGUAUCUUGACUGAUAAGCAGAAUCCACUACCACUGAUGGGCAGAAUUCUUAUCGAGAUAAACAUUUCAAAUAACGAGUGACAGAUAAACUAUUUAUCCGCGACUCGUUGAGUAGAAAGUUUAAUUUAAAUUAUAGAGUGGAAUAUUUCACAAUGUACAAAUUAUAAUUUAAUUGUUCUCCUCGCGAAGGAGUGGGGAGUGCUGAAAAGCUAUGCAUAAAAAUCCUAGAAUUGUUUAACAGUUGUAAAAUAAUGAUAGCGUCGGAUUCAGUAAUUAAAUCAUAAGUCGAAUUUUUGUAAUUGCCAUCAUGUUUGUAGAUAUAAUUGUAAGUAUUGUAUGUAAUUGAUUAAGUAUAAUCUUAAGACACGAAGUAUGGACAAUGCUCUCGAACCACGUGCUUUCGGUAAAAACAUCUAAUAUUGCUUUUAUUAUUCACCACUAAGCUGCCUUGAAAAUACUCUCAAUGUUCUAGACGUCUUUACCUAAAAAACUCCAUUUUUUCGAAAAUUAAGUCGAGUUGCUACUUAUGACUUUACACGUGUCAUUUUUUGGUAGAACGGAACGAUCCUGCAAAAUCUCAUUUAAGGUGGUUCUUUCCCAAUUGUAAUAGUUAAACCAAAUCUCAAAUACAGAAGGUAUUAAUAAUGAUA